UUUUACGUCAGUUCGGUCCGAAGUCUCCCACGGCGGAAGCCGAGCUUCUGAGCAUGGGUUCUUUCUCGUCGCAGCCUCUGCAGCCGGUCAAGGUCGCUGCGCCUCCGGAGGCUACUAGCUCCGCCGAGCCCCUACCCCUCGCCGUACCUGGCGCGCCGACCUCUCCAGCGGAAGUCCCUGUAUUCAAUAACUGCUGGAGCUGUCGCGUGCUUUCAGGGGCGGGGCUGAUAGGGGCGGGCGGGUACGUCUACUGGGUGGCGCGGAAGCCCAUGAAGCUGGGAUACCUCCCGGGUCCAGGGACUAUUACGCAGAUGGUCAUCGGCAUCAGCAUUGCUUGUUGGGGUGUAGUCAUCCUUUCAGACCCCAAAGGGAAGGCCUUCCGUGUUGAUUGAGAGUACCACCAGUGAAUUUGUCAUCUUCUGCCCAUGCCCCCCGCACCCCCAGGAUACCAAAACAAGCGUGGGAUUUACGGAUAUUCUGGACAGACAAAUGGACAUUGAGAGACUUCAGUCCUGAGGAUACUACAAUACUGAAAAAAAGAAGAAAUGAUAAACCAAGUUGGAAAAUGAACUAAACUAUUAUUUUAAAUAGUUCUCUUUACUUUUCCUAUAAUUGGGUCAAUAUCUAUUAACAAUCUAACAAUGGAUUGGCAUCAUGCAAUGUGCAGAAGUACAUAAAAAUUUUUAUCUGUGUACUGCUCAUAAUUUCCAAGGUGUUGUCACAUAUAUCACCUUAUGAGAAUUUCAGAGCUACUCUAUUUCACUGGUGAUAAGUGAAACUUAAAAAAUAGUCCUGGUGAUUUGCCCAGGGUCAUUCAGCAAGUCAGUGGUGCAUCUAGAACUUGUUCAGUUCUCGUUCCAGUCUUUCAGAACUAGGAUGAUUUCAAAGAGGCAAGAAUUUCCUUUAUGAAACAAAAGUCAGCAUGUAAUUAAAAGUACCAAAAAAUUUGAGAGAAAUUCACAUUUAUCAUUAAAAACAAAAACAUUUGGUUCUUUGUCCGCAACCACGGGAAAUGUUUCUGUGAUGAAACUGACACACUUUUGAGAUAAUGUCUUAAAAUUUGACAGUUCAUUUCUAAGAGAAGUCUAUGUGCUUCCUGCCAGGUUUUUGUGUUUUGUUUUUUUUUUUUCUCAUUUCUGAUACACCCUGGCUUCUCUGUAAAGUUACACAUAGCUGUUUUUCAGAGCAGAAAGAUAGUCAAGUUCAGCUGCCAAUCACAGUGUAUAAGUUUUGAAAGAUUUGUUAAGCAAGUCCCUUCAGAGCUGUUACUCUCUAGUAUGUAGAAGUGCCUGGAUCUAAUGCUGAGUGACUAUUCCCAACAUUUUCUUAGGUUAAACCAAAGUACAUAAAUCUAACUUGGUUUUGGAUUGACCUACUGGAUAAAUAGAAUAACUCUUAAUAUGAUUUUAACAUCUCAGAAUUUGUACUAGUGUGUAAGCAAAUAAGAGCUUUUUCAAAGUAAACUUGUCUGCUCACUAGAA